CCUGCGCUCUCUGCUGGGGAGGCCGGUGACGUCCGGUGAAGUCCAAGAUGGCGGGGCUCGGUUGAUCCUUCUGCAGGUGACAGACGUGCCGCCUCCGCCUGCCUGACGUCCCUCGGGAGACGCUGCGCCGCUCCUCGCCGCCGCGGCCAUGUCUGGGCCCGGCAACAAACGCGCCGCCGGCGACGGGGGCUCGGGGCCCCCAGAGAAGAAGCUCAGCCGUGAGGAGAAGACCACAACCACGCUUAUAGAGCCCAUUCGUCUUGGGGGCAUCUCUUCCACGGAGGAGAUGGACCUGAAGGUGCUGCAGUUCAAGAACAAGAAACUAGCAGAGCGGUUGGAACAGCGACAGGCUUGUGAAGAUGAACUCCGAGAACGAAUUGAGAAGCUGGAGAAGCGGCAGGCCACAGAUGAUGCCACACUCCUCAUUGUCAACCGCUACUGGGCCCAGCUGGAUGAAACUGUGGAAGCUCUUCUCAGACACCAUGAGAGCCAGGGGGAGCUGUCUUCAGGGACAGAGGCGCCUGGGACCCAGGAAGGGCCAACACGUGAUGAGACCCCUCUUACAGAGCCAGGGACGUCGGAUUGGAGAGAGACCCUGCCAAUGCAGCUGCAGCCCCCACUCAGCGAGCCAGCCUUGGCUUUUGUGGUGGCGCUGGGUGCCAGCAGUAGUGAGGAGGUGGAGCUGCAGCUGCAGGGCCGUAUGGAGUUCUCCAAAGCAGCCGUGUCCCGUGUUGUAGAGGCCUCAGACCGCUUACAGCGCCGAGUGGAGGAACUGUGUCAACGAGUAUACAGCCGAGGGGACAGUGAGCCCCCCAGUGAGGCGGCUCGGGCACGCACCCGGGAGCUGGGCCGUGAGAACCGGCGGCUACAGGACUUGGCCACCCAGCUACAGGAGAAGCACCAUCGCAUCUCGUUGGAGUACUCUGAGCUCCAGGAUAAAGUAACAUCAGCAGAGACUAAGGUGUUGGAGAUGGAGACAACGGUAGAGGACCUGCAGUGGGACAUUGAGAAGCUGCGCAAGCGUGAGCAAAAGCUCAAUAAGCACCUGGCAGAGGCUUUGGAGCAGCUCAACUCUGGCUACUAUGUGUCUGGGAGCUCCUCUGGCUUCCAGGGCGGCCAGAUCACACUCAGCAUGCAGAAGUUUGAGAUGCUGAAUGCAGAGUUGGAGGAAAACCAGGAAUUGGCCAACAGCCGCAUGGCAGAGCUGGAGAAGCUACAGGCUGAACUUCAGGGGGCUGUGCGGACCAAUGAACGCCUCAAGGUGGCCCUGCGGAGCCUUCCUGAGGAGGUGGUACGGGAGACGGGGGAGUACCGAAUGCUGCAGGCCCAAUUCUCACUGCUCUACAAUGAGUCUCUGCAAGUGAAGACCCAGCUGGACGAGGCCCGGGGGCUGCUGCUGGCCACCAAGAACUCCCACCUGAGACACAUUGAGCACAUGGAGAGUGAUGAACUGGGGCUGCAAAAGAAGCUGCGCACAGAGGUUAUCCAGCUGGAGGACACGCUGGCCCAGGUACGCAAGGAAUACGAGAUGCUGCGCAUCGAGUUUGAACAGAACCUGGCGGCCAACGAGCAGGCGGGGCCCAUCAACCGUGAGAUGCGCCACCUGAUCAGCAGCCUCCAGAACCACAACCACCAGCUAAAGGGGGAUGCCCAGCGAUACAAGCGGAAGCUGCGGGAAGUGCAGGCUGAGAUUGGCAAGCUCCGGGCACAGGCCAGUGGCUCUACACACUCCAUCCCCAACCUGGGCCACUCAGACGACUCUGGCCUCAGUGCUGCAGCCCCAGGGAAAGAAGAGAGUGGGCCAGGCCCUGUCAGUGCCCCCGAUGGCAGAAAAGAGAUGGCUUCAGUGCCUGGCGCCAUCACUACUACCUCCUCAGCAAAGAAGGAGGAGCUGGUCCCCUCUGAGGAAGAUGCCCAGGCCCUAACCCCUGGGUCCCAAGGCCCCUCCUCCCGGGGCCGAGAACCUGAAGCCAGGCCCAAGCGGGAGCUUCGGGAGCGGGAAGGGCCUGGCCUGGGACCCCCAUCUGUAGCCUCAGCUCUCUCAAGGGCUGAUCGGGAGAAGGCCAAGGUGGAGGAGGCCAAGAGGAAGGAGUCAGAACUCCUCAAAGGUCUCCGAGCAGAGCUCAAGAAGGCCCAGGAAAGCCAGAAGGAGAUGAAGCUGCUGCUGGACAUGUACAAGUCAGCGCCCAAGGAGCAGCGGGAUAAGGUGCAGCUCAUGGCAGCCGAACGCAAGGCCAAGGCUGAGGUUGAUGAACUACGGAGCCGAAUCCGGGAAUUGGAGGAGAGGGAUCGAAGGGAGAGCAAGAAGAUUGCGGAUGAGGAUGCCCUGCGGCGCAUUCGGCAGGCAGAGGAGCAGAUAGAACACCUGCAGCGCAAGUUGGGUGCCACCAAGCAGGAGGAGGAGGCUCUGCUGUCAGAGAUGGAUGUGACAGGUCAGGCUUUUGAGGACAUGCAGGAGCAGAAUGGGCGGCUGCUACAGCAGUUGCGGGAAAAGGAUGAUGCCAACUUUAAGCUGAUGUCAGAGCGGAUCAAGGCCAACCAGAUUCACAAGCUACUGCGGGAGGAGAAGGAUGAGCUGGGCGAGCAGGUUCUUGGCCUGAAGUCCCAGGUGGAUGCCCAGCUGCUGACUGUGCAGAAGCUGGAGGAAAAAGAGCGGGCCUUGCAGGGCAGCCUCGGCGGUGUGGAGAAGGAGCUGACGCUGCGCAGCCAGGCCUUAGAGCUCAACAAGAGGAAGGCUGUGGAAGCCGCCCAGCUGGCCGAAGACCUGAAGGUGCAGCUGGAGCAUGUGCAGACGCGGCUGCGAGAGAUCCAGCCUUGCCUGGCAGAGAGCCGGGCUGCUCGUGAGAAAGAGAGCUUCAACCUCAAGAGGGCUCAGGAGGACAUCUCACGGCUACGUCGCAAACUGGAGAAGCAGAGGAAGGUGGAGGUUUACGCAGAUGCCGAUGAAAUCCUCCAGGAGGAGAUCAAGGAGUACAAGGCGCGGUUGACCUGCCCCUGCUGUAACACCCGCAAGAAGGAUGCAGUCCUUACCAAGUGCUUCCACGUUUUCUGCUUCGAGUGCGUGCGGGGCCGCUAUGAGGCCCGCCAGAGGAAGUGCCCCAAGUGCAACGCAGCCUUUGGUGCCCACGACUUCCACCGUGUCUACAUCAGCUGAACCUGUAACUCAGGGGACUUUGGAACACCCAUGGACCCUGGGGGCUGUGCCCCUGGUCCCCACCCCACCUCCAGUGGCCCCCACCCUCCAUUCCAGUCCCUGUGGGCCUAGCCCCUUCCCACCUAGUUGGUUUGGGGGCCCCAGUGCAUGCUAGUGGGAGUGGGAUCAGCUAAGCUCAGUUCCACCUUUUCCCCAAGGUCAGAGCUGUAGCCUAGGGGGCACCUGCCCUGCAGGAAAGGUCUGUUGUGAGAGGCCUCAGGGGCCCAGAGCACUCAGCUGAGCUUCCUGGAAGCUGGCCCCAACCCUUCUCCAGCUGUCUCCAUGGGCUCAUCCCAGCCGUAAGGGGGAAAUUCCCCAGGCUGUGACCUCCCAUGUAAGAGGAGGCUCACUACCUGCUUACACACCCACAAGUGAGGAUCAGGGGUGGGCCAGGUCCCCAGCCCCUUGCUCUGGGACUGGCCCCUGGGGCCCAGGGAGACUUUCUUUACCCUCUUGCCUCCCAGGCCUGGGAAGGGCUUCCCUCCUGUGGAGUUCCCUGGGCUCUUU